AACCCCAAUUCCGAAGACCGAAGUUCCCAAAACAUUUUUCUGCGCUAAAAUUGUUUGAGAAAUUAGCAAAGAAAAAAGCUUCUCCAAAUUGUGCCCACUGCGGAGCGGGGGUUUUUCAGAUGAAGGACCCGUUGGAGAGGACGAAAGUAGUGAUUCGCCACUUGCCCCCUUCUCUCCCUCACUCAGAUCUCUUCCACCAUAUUGAUGAUCGAUUCGCUGGUCGCUACAAUUGGUGUUACUAUCGCCCCGGAAAGACCAGUCAGAAGGACCAGAGAUACUCCAGAGCCUACAUAGAUUUUACGAGACCUGAAGAUGUUUUUGAGUUUGCGGAGUUUUUUGAUGGGCAUGUUUUCGUUAAUGAGAAGGGUACUCAGUAUAAGGCUGUAAUUGAAUAUGCACCAUCACAGCGUGUUCCCAGAUCAUCUACCAAAAAGGAUGGUCGUGAUGGGACUAUCUAUAAAGAUCCAGAUUAUUUGGAGUUCCUCAAACUUAUUGCAAAACCUGCUGAGCAUCUUCCAAGUGCUGAAAUACAGUUGGAAAGAAAAGAAGCAGAACAAUCUGGUGUUGCAAAAGAAACCCCAAUUGUUACCCCUCUCAUGGAAUUUGUUCGCCAAAAACGGGCAGUUGAGAGUGGAACUCAGGGAUCUUCAGUAUCUCGGAAGGUUAAAAGAGGAGGGGGAGCAUCCUCUAGAAAGCCCGAGUCAAAUUCCAUGAAGCGAGGGAUGGAGAAGAAGAAGUAUAUUUUAAAAGACAGUGUGAAGAACACAAACCGCAGAGACAAGUCAAAUUUUAUUUUGGUGCCCAGGCGAGAUGACCAGCCAGCCACUUCAAGUGGAAUUGGAAUUUCUGAUGUUACUACAGCUGACUCUGGAAAGAAGAAAAUUCUGCUUCUCAAGGGAAAAGAGAGAGAUAUAUCUCAUGUUGCUGAUGGUAUGUUACACCUGCAGAGUGCAUCAUCCUCGGGGAAUUCUCCUACUACUGCUACAAAACAGAAUCAGAGACGUGAGGCUAGUGGAAGCUUGAUCAGAAGCAUCCUUUUAAAUAAUGAACCACGUCAUGGACAGGGUUCAUCAGUAUCCCAGUCUCAUCAAAAAAUUCAAAUCCUGAACUCAGACAACGGGAAGCGGCCACCUCGUCCCAUUAAUGCUCGAUCUGGUUCUAAUGAUAUGUCGAAUAAUGAACCAAAUCCAUCUGGUUCGGAAGGGGAUGGAAAGAGGGCUCCAGAAAGUAAGUUUAGCAAAAAGGAACUUCAUGGCCUGGGUAGUGCUAGUGAGAAGCAAGAAAAGCGAAUAAGAAACAAAGAUAGGCCUGAUCGUGGGGUCUGGGCGCCACGUAGUCGUUCAGAUGCCUUAGUCUCACAACUGGAUGAAUCAUCUAUUUCGCAAUCUAGUCAUUUGCUUUCUGACUCGGUUGAAGCUUUCCGUGUGGAAAUGAAAGAUGAUAUUCAUGGAAGCAGGACUGGGGAUGUUACAACCACUGUGAGUGGACGUGGCAGUUCAGUGGAGAAUGGUUCUGUUAGACAUGUUGGACGUCGUGGGGCUGGCCACGUUAUGAAGGAUGAUGGUUCUUUGAACCCCAAUGAAGGGAAGUCAUCCAAAAGAGGUCUUGCCGGUGGCCACGAGAAACAAGUAUGGGUUCAGAAGUCGUCUUCAGGUUCUUAACAUAUUUAAACCAUAUAAUGGCAUCCAGACAGGACUAUGGUUCCUCAAACUUCCAGGGGGAUUAUCUCCAAUUCUGAGGACUUAAUGCACAUCCUCAGAAGGCAUCAUCUUGUAAAAUGGAGAUAUGCCCUGGAAGCAGUUGGUAACAGUAAUAGGUUUCGUGAACUGGAUUGCAAGAUUUGCAAUUGUUUCGUCGUCGUAUACAGGUGGUUUACAAAACACAAAGGUUCUCUGGUUGAAGACCGAAUAUGCGUUCUAUGGAUUUUUGGUUUUACGAAAUCGAAGUUUCUUUGGUUGAAGACCAAAUAUGGUUGUGGAUUUUGGUUUGGUAUGAUCUGAUUUUUUUGCCCAACAUACCAAGUGUGACUACUGCUUCACCUGGAGGAACGUGGCGGUAUAUACAUACGUGGCUCCGAGUGACGGGAAAUCAAAGCCAAGAGGGAGGUUCCUACUGUUCUUUCCCUUUGCCUUUGAUGUUUUGGUCACAUGCCAAGCUUUUUGUUUUCCCUUAGAAGCUGAAUGUAGAAAGUACCUAGUAGUACACUCUACUCUCUACUUACCAUAUUCUCACUGGGGGUGGUCGUGGUUGGUACACAAUUGUACUUGAUUCCAUGCGUGGGGCAGUGAAUCAGAAACAUCAAACUUAUACUUUUUCCAUGUCGUAUAUGAGAAAUGUGAUGGAUUAUGAUUAUGUGUUUCACUUUCUAUCCACUAAUGUAAUUUCACUUCUAUUUA